UAAAGGAAUUUUACAAAUACAACUUAUUUUUUGUCAUCGUUGAUAUAACCAACUAUGGAUAUGUCUAAAAUGAUCCACGGAUUAAAAUCCAGUUAACGUGACACGUUAUGAUCUUUGUGGGCACCGGUAGAAUUCACGAGCACUUUGAUGACGUCAUUCGCGUGGGACUGCUUGGGCGCAGCCUGUAGUCCACAUCGUUUCUUCGCCAGGAUGGGGACCCAGGUUAAAGACGUGAUUAUUAAACAUGAUGCUCCAAGCACUGUAUUUCUAGACAAGCAUGCAGACUACAUUGCAGCUUAUGGCUCCAAGAAGGACGAUUAUGAAUACACUCUCUCAGAGUACCUACGAAUGAGUGGCAUCUACUGGGGCCUGACAGUAAUGGACCUUAUGGGUCAGCUCUCUAGAAUGAACCGUGAGGAGAUCAUAGAGUUCAUCAAGUCCUGCCAGCACGACUGUGGAGGUAUCAGUGCCAGCCUUGGCCACGACCCUCAUCUCCUCUAUACCCUCAGUGCAGUGCAGAUCCUGUGUUUGUAUGAUAGCAUCAAUGUGAUUGAUGUGGACAAAGUGGUGGAUUAUGUUAAAGGACUGCAGCAAGAUGAUGGCUCAUUCGUAGGAGACAAAUGGGGAGAAAUAGAUACAAGGUUUUCCUUCUGUGCGGUUGCAACAUUGGCACUACUGGGAAAGUUGGAUGCUAUCAACUUGGACAAGGCAGUGGAGUUUGUGCUCUCCUGUAUGAACUUUGAUGGUGGAUUUGGUUGUAGGCCUGGUUCAGAGUCACAUGCUGGUCAGAUUUACUGCUGUACAGGCUUUUUGUCCAUCACUGGACAGCUGCAUCAGGUAAAUGCAGAUCUGUUGGGCUGGUGGCUCUGUGAAAGACAGUUACCAUCAGGAGGUUUGAAUGGGAGACCAGAGAAGCUGCCUGAUGUCUGCUAUUCCUGGUGGGUUCUUGCCUCUCUAAAGAUCAUCGGCAGAAUCCAUUGGAUUGACAAAACAAAACUUCAAAACUUUAUUCUUGCCUGCCAGGAUGAAGAGACUGGAGGGUUCGCAGAUAGACCUGGAGACAUGGUUGAUCCGUUCCACACUCUGUUUGGUGUUGCCGGACUGUCUUUGCUGGGAGAGGAGCAGAUCAAACCAGUGAACCCUGUGUUUUGCAUGCCUGAAGAUGUGCUUCAUAGGAUCGGCCUUCAACCCGACUUGCUGAGCUGAGUUGAAGGAAUCAACGUGGCCGUUGCAUUCCCCUCCAACCCGUGUGCAGCCAGCCCUGUUCUGAAUCUGGGAAACCAGCAAAGCGUGGAGAGCACUGAAUAUUGCUGUCAUCUUCAACUUAUAGUUGCACCCUUUAGAAGGACCAGGAUUUGAGAAGUUUGGCUGUUAAGAGGCUGUUUUUGUAUUGUUUUACUGUUCUUGUGUCUUUAUGUAUGCACAGUAUGUGCGAUGACCUUUAUGUCUGAUUUGAUCUUUGUUUCUUAAACGUAAUGGGAUUUGUAGCUUUCACUGUGCAUGUAAAAACAUAACUUUAUUUAUAAUAAUCAUUUACAGGGUUCUUUUCUCAUAUAAAGCCAUGUUUAAUGUUACGAGUGUUUAAUAAAUGAGAGAGAUAUGUUAUCUUUGAUAGCUUUCCCAAAAUCAGUAUUCUGGCAAAGUGUUCUCUUCAUCCUGGCAAAGUGUUUGCUGAAAAGGGUGUCUAAUGCAUUCAGAGUUUAGGUGGCAUAAAUAUAAUCUUUAAUUAUGAAAUUAA